AUGAGUCGUUGGCUCCUCGCGGCCGUGGCGCCGAGCCUCGUGAUUGGCAAAGUGAAGAUCGAGGCGAUGGAGCACGACAUCAUGCAGAUCCAGGCAUCCACGUUUGACGGCAUCAUUUCCAAAUUCAGGGACAGCUCAGUGAGCAGCUUGUGGUUCUUCAAAGAUGACAGCAAAGAAGACGGCAAGUUUUUGGAUGAGUACAACAAGGUGGCAUCAGACAUGAAAGGCAUGGCAAAGGUCUGCGCCAUCAAUUGCAACGAGUACUCCGUCUUCUGCGACAAGCAGGGGGUCAAGGAGACCCCCGCGGUCAUGAUCUACCCUCCAAACCCGGUGCCUGCCUUCAAGUUAGAGGGCAAGUUGGAGGGCAAGGCUGUGUUCAACAAGCUAGCAAAGUUCAUGCCCGACCAAACCGAGAAACUCACCAAGGAGAACGUGGACAAGUUCCUCACCACCGAUGUGACGAAGCCAAAGGCGCUGCUCUUCUCCAACAAGAAGUCCGUCCCCCUGAUGUGGAAGGCGCUUUCCUCGGAGACGGUCUUCAAGCGAACUGUGAAGUUCGGCUUUGUCACGGAGGACCAGUCUGACAUUGUCCAGCGAUUCAAGGUGAAGAAGUUCCCCACUGUUCUCAUACAGCAAGGGGCAAAGGGAGAGAAGAAGGAUACUUAUUCUGGAGAGUUCAAUUUCUUGGCCUUGAAAGACUGGGUCAACUUGCACUCUGAGUCUGGCAUGGGUGACAAGGUCACGAGCCCUGGAGGCGCCAAGGAAGAGACGGCCGAGGAGGCCAAGCCUUGGCUGGUGCAGGAAGUGCCGGAGCUCACCGCCAAGUCCCACCAGGAUGUGUGCUUCAAGGGCGAGGGUCUUUGCGUCAUCUUCCUCAAGGACGGUGAAGCCUCCCAGGCUGAGAUUGACAUGCUCACAGGUCUCUCCAAAAAGUAUACCUCGCAGCUGAGCGACCGUGGUGCCAAGAUGAAGUGGAUGUGGAUGAAUUUGAAUGCAGAGAAGGCCUACAAGGACCUGUUCAAGCCUGCUCAGCUUCCAUCGGCAGCAGUCUUUAACCCUCACAAGAGGCUGCGCUUUACACUGUUGGAUCACGGUGAAGAGGGCGAGGUGAAGGGUGAUGAGCAGGGUAUCAUCAAGCUCUUGGAUAAAGUGCUAGGAGGCGAUGCCCGUUUCACGAUGGUUCCCGGCCAGAAGCUGCCAGCCUGGGCACAGCGCGAGGCCCCGGCUGGCAAGAAGGUCAUAGGCAAGCAUCUCAACUUGCUCAAAGAGAAACCUGUGGCCAAGAAUUGGCUCUUUGUCCCACUUUACCUGCUGAGCAGCGUGUUGGCCGGGUGUUUGAAAGCGGCAAAGGAGUCCAGAGCAGUCAAGGUCCGCUUCAACCAGGAAGGCAUCAUGAGCAAUCAGUUCAUUCUGCGCAGCCGGGGCCGCCAGCUUUUGUGCGAGGCUUUGGUGUGUCCGGCAGCCGAGCAG